AUGAAUCAUUCUCCUAUGUACGGUCAGCAGCCAUAUCUCAUGCCCUCAAGUCCCGCCACCGCCCGUCGGAGCAGUGCGGACGACCGCCCGAGCAUUAAAAAGGCCCAGGGCCAUGUCCCCGCAUGCUUGGUCAAUGCUUCCGUGACGUAUGUCGGGAACGAUCAGAUCUACGCCUUUGGAGGAUUUGAUCAAUACACCGAUGAAGUGUACAACCAUGUUCUAAAGCUGGACCUACAGACCCUUCGUUGGGAAUUGGUGGAUAAUUAUGGCGAUAUUCCUGGAGUUCGCAUGGGUCACACCGCGACCCUCUAUCAAGGUGACAAAUUGAUCGUAUUUGGGGGAGAAAACGAACAUCGCGAAUAUCUGUCCGACGUCGUCAUAUUUGAUAUUCCCACUUCCACUUGGUCACAACCAGAGAUCCGAGGUCCGAUCCCACGAGGAAGAAAUCGCCAUGCUGCCGUGAUUUACGAGGAUAAUCUGUUCAUCAUCGGUGGAGUGACGGGAGAGCACAGUGUCAUUCUUGACAGUCUGACUUACUUGGAUUUGAAGACCUGGACUUGGUCUCGGACCUGGAAUUUCACUCCCCGCUUUGAUCAUACGGCAUGGGUCUGGGGUGGUCGUCUCUGGAUUUUUGGGGGACUUGGCCCGGACAUGGAGCGGACAACCGACAUCUGGUGGCUUGAUCUCAAAAACUCUCCGUCUCUUGGGAUUGCAGCAUCACAAGGCUCGACGUCAAGUAGUAGCCCGUCGCAGCAGCUUCCCGGACGGUCUGGUAGCUACGCACCAAACUCGGGCAGUGUCCAAGUUCGCAAUUUGAAUCGGCGAAAGCCAGCUACUCCAGGGGCAGUAUCUUCCCUUCGGUUUCAGUCAGGUCCUCACGUUCCUGCACUGUUUUCGGGAACACAUUUUCAGGCGUAUGCCUCGGGCGUGCUGCUCGAUCUGAUUACUCCAUCCGAGACCGUGCGCACGUAUGAGUGUAACUUAUCGUUGUUAGAACUCGAUACCUUGCGCUGGCAAAGGUUGGCGGAUGGACACGAAAUCUUCAAACCGGGUUAUCGGUGGCACUACUGUACCGUAAAUGCAGACGGCACAAGAGCUUGGUUGCUUGGGUGUGACCUGAACGCAGGAGCUGGGCAGGGGGCCAGCGACGAGAAUCACAUGAGUGAAAUCCUUUGUAUUGAUUUAGAGAGAUACGGGCUCCUCGGAAACGAGAUGGGGGCUAUUUCACCGGAUCAACGAAAGACACUAGCUUCUCAAUCCGAGCCUUCAUGUCUUUCGGGUCUGGGCAAUGACUUAUCUGCUGUCUUCGAUCAAGCACCAGAAUCUGGCAGCGGUGCUGACUUUAUCAUUACUGCUAACCGCGAUGAUGAUGGAGACCCAGAUGCCAUGGUAGAUGCCUCGUCCUCGCAACAGUCCGAGACUACUUUUCUAUCACCCAACGCGGAUACCUCGCCUCCGAUACAUGUUCAUCGCAUCAUUCUGCAGCUGAGGUGGCCCCAUUUCAAGCGACUCUACUCCUCCAGAAUGGCAGAAUAUCAUGCGAACAGGAUGCAUAUCCCUGAGCCCUACUCGGUCGUCCGGGCCUUCCUGUACUAUCUUUAUACGGACAGUAUAUCCGGCCAUCCAGAAUACUGCUCUGACAUAAUCGACGUAGCAGGGAUGCUCGUGAUGGCGAAUCUCUACGACAUGCCGAAACUCCGUCUUCUGUGCGUGAAUCGAUUAAGCCGCGAACUUGAUGUCGAGAAUGCAGCUGUCGUCUGGGAACGAGCGGGACGAACAAACGAAGAAUGGCUGAUGCGCCGCGCCGCGCAGUUCUGUCUCGCACAUUGGGGCCGCAUCGUGAGGACAGACGGCUUCAAGUCUCUAAGCAAACAGAGCUUGAUUGAGCUGUGCGAAGUUGCUGAUACUGAGGGUCGGAUCAUUACCGGAUCCGAAUUAGAAAUGGUGGGUGUCUGGGGCACGGAUGCGCUUGGUUUGAAUCGGGAUCUUAAGCGGCAGCAGCUGGCGCUUGGUAAUGCUGGUAUGGACGAGGAUGAUUAUGACGGGGAGGAUCUUGAGGGGAUGGAGAUUUCGUAA